UAUAAGCUAAGAAGGCGUAACUCAUUGUAAACUUUAGGCUUUAUUCAGUAUUUUAAAAUUAUCAUAUGAUUCCAUAUUUAUUCAUUUGUAAGUUUUGUCACAUCAGUAAACCAAACCAAACCAAACCCACUACAUAUUUAUGGUAUAGUGUGUAAAUUUGUAAAAAAAAAAGUAAAAAUAUAGACGUAGUUUACCUUUUUCUCUUAUUUCAAUGAUGUAUAAUAUUAUUCCGUCAAGUGUAUAAGUAUGUAUAUAAGAGAUGUUACAAGAAAUCAAAGUUGGAACUCCGAAAAAAUAACAACUUUUUAUUUUGAAAAAUACUAGCCCGAUUAAUAAAACAUUGGUGUGGGCCAGAAAGUAACGAAACGCCCUUUCUGAUGAUGUGCGUAAAAAAAUUACGAAAAAGUUUAUUUACAUAUAUAUUGAAUUAUAUGUUUUUUAUGAAACUUAUUUUUCAACGUCGUAUUUUCCAUCUUCAUAAUCAAUAUCUUAUUCAUCAUUAUCCUCGGCCUCAUUAAAAUUUUUUAUUCCGAUUUUUAGCCUUCAACAUAAGUAUAUUGGCAGCUUGGAGAAAAUGUUCACUGCUCAUCAGAUUUGCAUAAAAGUUGGCUUUCUAACCAAUCAAGAUGAGUAUGCAUUAUAUGAACUUUCAACUACAAUAAUUAACAUGAGAGUCAGGCGUAGUCGAACAUUAUAAACACUCGCAAUUUGUAUUAAAUAAAUAUUUCAGCUAUUUUAUAUAUUUUGGAGAUCUAUUGGUCAUAAGGGGAAUACACCAGCAAAACGCAUAUCUAGUGGUAAGGGUAAGGUAAACUUAAAUGUUUUUUGUUGACUUUAUAUAUAGCAUUCAAGUUAUAAUGGUAAGUUUGCGAAACAUCUCAAUAAAAUUGAACUAUAUUUGCUAUGAAGUUGAUAACUCGAAUAAGAAAUGACCACGUUAGACUAGUUGAUCAAGGUCUAAUUUGUCGUACCAUGUGAAUAAAAAAAAUAAUAAAUAGUUUACUUUAAUAUCUACUUGGAAAUCUGAUACAUAAAAUAUCUCAGGAGAAAUAAAGUAAAACAAAACCAAAAAAAUGUAACAGAAUACAUACAAAUAGUAAAUGAAACCACCUGUUAUGAUUCUGAAGAGCCUUGUAAACUUUUAGGUAUACGUAUGUAUUUAUAUAUGAAAGAAGUAUAAAUUGUAUACGCUGGUACCGACUCUGCAUCCUUCGGGUAAAUUUGAAAGGAAGCUUCAGAAUAUUUAACACGCUUAUAAAACCAAAAGUAAAUAUUUCAAUACUGUAUACACCCUUUAUAUACAUAUAUGUACAUAUGAACUUGUGUACUUACGUAUAAAUAGUUGACAAUAUGGAAAUUUAUAUGGAAAUGAAACUCUUGAUGUAGCCGCAACAGACAUUAUCGAUUUUUACCGGCCAAAUAUGGAAAACUAAAUGAACUAGAAAGUAAAUAUUAAGAAUGGAGCUGAUGCCCGGACCUGCGCAUUGACCAACAUUUUGUUUUUAAAUGGCUGUUAAGGAAAAUAUUGAGUGACUAACAUCAUUGGCUUGCAGUGACCGUCAGUUUUACUUGAGAUUGCCAUUAGAGACAACGUUUAAAGUUGAUAAGUUAGUUUCGCACUCAGUAGAGGUCAGGGUAGUAAAAAAAUGAGGGUAAUAUCUUGAAAACUUCCGACGCCUGUUGGAAUUUCAGUUAUUUCCAUACACAAAUAAACAUCGAAUAUUUGAAAAAAUAACACAAAAAUAAAAUAAAAGUAAAAUAAAGUGAAUACUUUGCCAUCUUUUUAAAAUGAGGGGAUAAUAACAAGAUACAAAGAAGAAAGCUUAUGUUGAAUGGCAAACAUCAAUCCAAAACUACAUUAAUAGUCCCAAUACACAUGCAAUACGAAUAGUACUUACAUCGUCCUCAAAGUCAUCGUUUUUCUCAGCAUAGUCGUAAACACUGACGUAGUACGUAUAAGUAUAUAGGAAUAUAGUUACUACAACAAUAAGGAGUGCAAAGAGCAGUAACAAGUGCACAAUUUAAGCAACAGGAAGUUUAUUUCGUUUCAAGAGCAUUAUCAACGCAAGAGAAGUGAUUUACAAAUGGAGGAUUUAUUUUUGCUUAUAAUAAAGGAGUCCACAGGGACAAAGCAUAAUGCAUUGCGGCAAACUGCGCAAAUUGCAUAUGAUAAAUUAUAUCGCCAGCACGGAAUCCAUCGGGAUCCAGCUCAUGAACUCCGGUCGGUAUGCUUCACUGCGUUACAAAUGGCUCUAGAUACAAAGCGUCCGAAGUUUGUUACAAUGGGACUCAAUGGAUUGCAUCGCAUUAUCAAAGACGAACGCUUUUACAUUGGUUUAGAACCAGAAGAUGACUCGGUGUGGUUGCCCGCCCAGUUGUUGCGCGCCACAAGUGGUAUUUUGCCCACGACCAGCAACGAAGAUACCGUGAUCAAUGUGUUGCGACUCUUUUUAGCUAUGGCUUGCUCUCCUGCGUGCACAUUAAAUGGUCGCCUUUUAAUUGAAACACUUUCACGUUGCGGCGAAUGUUGGGAGUUAGGCUCGCGUGCCACAAAAGCAGCCUCCCUAGCAGCAGCAUCACAAUGCCUGCGCACAUUUUGUGCCUUUCUCAUGGAAGAGGCCGAAGAGGUGAAGAAGACUGCUCCACCUGGUCUAAUGACUCAGACGCAAGCAUCAGCAGUGUAUAAUGAAGUGAUUCCGGUAAUGCAGUGGUUAUGUAGUCGCUUGGUAGAGCCAAAUGCGAAUGGCUCACCGAACAAAAAGGCAGAUAAUAACUGCUCGUUAUAUUUAACGGAAUGCAUUCUUACAUUGACAUCAGCAUUGCCGCGAAACGUUCACGCGAAUCCACACUUUACAUCAUUCUUAUGGCAGAAAUUUUGCCCAACAUUGGCCGCAGCGUUGGGUUCGCCAGGUCGCGUUAAUUUGGAUAAAAAAUUUACGUAUAAGGAUGCAUUGAAUCUGAUUGAAAAUGAAGCUCGUGGCUUUUUUACUGGUCCUGGCUUAGAUGGUCCGCAGGCUCGGUGCGUAUAUUUGACGGCGAUACAGCUAUUGCGUAUUGCCGGAGCAUAUGGAUCCCUUCGGCCUAUGCUGGAGGCCCUCUUUCAUCGUAUGCUUCUGUUGCCAGCGCCUCAAAAUCGCACUGAACCACUAAAGUGUGUUCGCGAAAUAUUGAAAACUCCGGAUCGAUUGAUAGAUUUAGCGGUUAUACUUUAUGUCGACAAAAGUACAGGUCAAGGAUGCAGUGAUGAAAUGGCGUUAUUUCGCCUUAUGGUCGAUGCAAUGGAAGAAUGCGCAUUUGGUGUAAGUACAAAUUCGGGAAUGGAGACCGGACUUCAUGCAAGCGUGGAAUGUAUGGUCGCACUGCUAGAUAGUUUGCAAAUUCUUUGCAGCGGAGAAGUAACUGAAUCAAUGAUUAGUGAUCAGAUUGUUAGUGCUGUCAAUAGUCGUCAUGAAACAUUGAAGGAUGCCGAUUACACUGGUCCUUUGACUUAUCAAUCAAUGGCGCGUCUACCAGCUCCUUAUCGCGAUGCUAUUGUUGAAUUUCGGCAAAACGUGUUUGAGACAUCCUCUGGCUCUGAUAGUGAUGGCGAUCAUCCAGAACAAGAUGCUGCCUCAAAUGGUUCUGGCGAUACAGAAGGACCAGAAGAGGAAGAACAAUCGACUUCAAGUGAUGAAACUUCACGUGUGGAGAACCGAUGGCCCUACACUCAUCUGGAAGCCCCGGUUAUUCCUGUGCGAACCGAUAUUGAUAAUGAUCGACAACAUGCCAAAGAAUUUGCAAAAGCUUUGCGUACAGAUUUAGUGCCGAAAUUGUUACGUCUACGUUCUUGCAUUGAGGUGGACGAGGCCAUGCAAGAAUUCGCUUCAGUUGUCUGCCAAGAGAAUACCAUGAAUUUUUCUGAUUUUGAUUGUCACCUUACAGCCAUAAAUGCUGAUGGCAUUUACUUAGCUAUUUAUUCGUCAUUACUACUCAGCUUGCAAUUAACAAAGGUUAGAUACUAUGAUGACCCACAGAAGGAGAUACUAAUCCCCAUGUCCGAACAACAAUUUGUCACAUCUGUCCAGAAUACUGGAGUCUUGGUGUACCUCUCAUCUCCUUGGCUUUGUGAAUUAUAUCAAACCGUAUUAGUUUCAAAUGCAUUGGAAGCAAUGAGCAGGGAGGAAUUGGAAGGCACCUAUUCGCGAAGUGCCCUUGUGGAUAUGUUGUGUGAUGCUGGAGGAUUGGGACCAACUCAGAUGCUCUCCGAAUGGCAACGAUUACAAAUUGCGAAUGUGAAACAUACAGAUGAGCUGGAUAGUAAACGUCGAGAGGCCGCAAAGAAGCUUUGUAGACGCUUAUUGACUUGUUGCUGGGAUUCAAUGGUUAUAGUUCUGAGCUCGGGCUUAGGCGAUUUAUCUUGCAGUAAUUCGAAUAAAUUGGUGGCCUUGUCAAAACGCACGCUUCGAGUCAAAGCAAAGACAAAUAAAACUAAUGGUGAAGCUUUAUACGCUAUGUGUCUGGAUGGUUUACAUUCUGCCGCCACUUUAAGCAACAGUUUGAAUUUGCAGCAUUUGGCUGGAAAAAUUUUAAGUCUUCUGGCAUCAAAUGUUUGUCAAACAAAUGGGCCAAGAAUUUCUGCUAGCCAAGCAAUGUCUAUGGAUGUAGUAUUAAAUGGAGGCUUGAAUUUAGGCUCUUAUAGUCCUGAUUGUUGGCAAUCCGUAUUCGCUGUGUGUCGUCAUGUCAGCCAAUUGGAACACGAAAUUUUCAGUUUGCAAAAUUCAUCGAUUGGCACUUCACCAGGCACAGGACGACGUGACUUGGAGACCGGUGAAAAACUAAGCAAUACAGUUCAAAAUGAUAAACUUAAUUUAUCUUCACUACCCAUUGAUGAUGAUGAAACGUGCGUGGAUGUUUACAGCUUUCUUCAGGCACCUCUACAAAGUCCCAAUACUAAUAUUACAUCUAUAUUAAAAGUAUAUUCGGGCACAAAUGAAACGGUGCUAUUAAGUCAAAGCGACACCUCAAAAGUUCUUUGCGCUCUGUCACACCAGGCUGAAAAUUUGUUCUCAGAUGCUGCUGAGCGCUUAAGCCUUCCUUCACUAUGUCAGUUUUUAAAAAAUCUAUGUAAGGCAUCGAGGGAACAGCUUUAUAAGAAUACUACUACUCGCAAAGGCAGCAGAAUUUGGUGGCCGAGCAAAGGUUGGAAGAAAAUCGAAAGCCUACCAAUUUCGUUAUUAUUACAUCGAAUCGGAGAUGUUACACUGAGGGUAUUUAAAAGUUCUAGGCCGCUUUUACAUAUACUAAAAGUAUGGGCCAUCACUGGGCCUCAUCUAAUGGAUGCUUCCUGUCAUCGAGAUCGUGCGAUAUCAAAAAGAGCCAUUGAAUAUAUCCAUGACAUAAUUACAGCACUUCUUGUGGAACAAUCUGAGUUACCCCAUUUUCACUUCAACGAAGCACUGCUGAAACCGUUUGAAAAUCUUUUAAGUAUGGACACAUGCGAUGUUGAUGUGCAGGAUCAAAUUGUCGCAUGUUUGUAUGAAGUUGUCGAAGCGCACAGGACGGAAAUCCGGUCGGGAUGGCGACCACUAUUCGGAACGUUACGCAAUGCUCGUAGCCGCAUGCUAAAUAUGAGCAACAUCAUCGAUAUAUUCAGAGUCUUUCUUGACUCCGAUAACACUUUAGUAUUCGCCAAUGCUGGAUUGGAUUGUAUUCUAUGCUUAUUAUCUUAUCUGGAGAUAUCAGGUAGUGGAGGAGCAAAUAAUAAUACGUGCGGUGAAGAUGAAAAUAGCUUUCGGCCUACGGAGUUCCUACAUGAAACUCUUCGUUUCCUUGAGCGUUGUUCAUCCAUUUUAGGUUUUAUGUUCAACAUGCCGAAGUGUCCCAACUUCCAUUCAACUUAUAAAAUUAAAGGCAUUUCCUAUACCCACAUCAUCGAUGCAAAUAUCCCUAAUUCAAUGGAGAAUUUUACAUAUUUCGGCAAUGAUUAUUUACAAACGAAAAAUGAACAACACAUGAUAUCGUAUCGGUCGUUACACAUCGACAAAGAUGCCAUCACAAAAAUCGACGAAAUGGAUAAGCCAUCAGGAGUAUUGAAAGUUUGGUUUCUUCUAUUAGAUGGUCUUACCAAUUCACUAAUUGUUUGCCCUUAUUCACAUCAAGCCCCAAUACUUCAAACAAUAUUUAAACUAUUUAAAAACUUACUAUGUUGCCCUGGUAUCGAUUUCGGAUUUUACUGCAUUAACCAUUUAUUAAUACCAAUGAUUCAGGACUGGCUACGUUACAUAAAUAAAACCGGUGCUCCUUGGCCAAUGAUUGAAAAAAACUUUAAACACUGUUGUUGCAUGACAACUGACCUAGUCGUGGAAUUCAUCGAGAAGUCUGUUACUGAGAGUAGCCGCAGACAGGGUAUAAUGAAGACACGAAUAACACAGAUCGUACACACGCCUUCGAAUAUAAAUUUAACUAAUAACUCGAGUAUUACUAACAUCGAUAAUUCUUUAUAUUCUAAGUUAAAAUUCAUCACUGAACGAAUUGAUGAUAAUGAUAACAUUAAUCAAAGCAAUCAGUAUGAUAGUUCGUCUUCGAGUGAAGAAAGCGGAGCUAACGUCAUAGAUUCACCAACUAAAAUAUCUGGCUCGGCUACGCUGGCCCUUAAACAACUACUAUUGGUGUUAAUUGAGUGUUCUGCACAGGCGCAGGAAUCCGUAGCACGCGUUGGAGUGUCAUGCUUGAAGCAUAUAAUCUUAUCCACAGGCAUGCUUUUCAAUGAGUCACAAUGGAUGAUUGCCAGCUCUGCUUUACAUCGCGCUUGUACGGUAACAAUAGCGCCUUUAAGGCAAUUGUCGUUUGCUUUCCAUGAGAAGUCAAAUAGUUUCUAUGGAGAUUGUGCUAAUGUAAAAGUGGCAGCUCGACGCGAUAGCACCGUGGAGGAAUUAACUAGGGUUUACUCAUUGGCGCAACAAGUUUUCCUCUCUGAUAAUCAAAGAGAACCAACUGCGAAGGUGUCCAAUCACUUAGAAAAACAUUUCACCGAUGAACGAAGCUACUCAUUUCUUCUAUAUCCUUUAAACAAUGGUUUCAAUUCGAAUCUAGACAACUUUGUUAUUCGUAUACCUUUUAAAAACUUAGUGGUUGGCUUACUAGCAAAUCAAAUGCUACUGCAAUUAGUUGCGAAGCUUUUACUUUCCCGGUUAAAGUGUGUACCGCAAGCAGUUUCUACAUGCAUAUUUGACAAUUAUGGCACAUCGACAACUGGUCACGAUUAUGACUUGGACUUUCGUUCCAAAGAGAUAUUAUUGCGUUGUGUUAAACAGUAUUUGACAAGUUCUUUAGAAUUCGAUUCUCGACCUGGACUUAAAUUCCUUAUGCAAAAGGUCUCCAAUACUGAGUACGCAGCUAAUUUAUACAAACAAAUGACGUCAUCUUGGAUGAUCUACUAUAUAGCUUUAGUCGAUUCUUAUUUAAAUGAUAUUGUUGUAUAUAAUUUGGGCCCAGAGGACUUGAAAUUCAUACUAGAAUCUUGUUCGCGCCUAAACACAACCACCGUAAAAAAAAAGGAAAAUUUUGUGCGAUAUUUGUUCUGUUUACAGGACGCAUGGAACCUUGUUUGUGAGCUAUAUUUAAAUAAUUCAGCAAUUCAUGAUAUUGAAAAUGGAAAACUCCGAUCAGGUGACGGAAGUGAUAAGCGUGUUUCACAACACAAAGUUUUGACCCCGAAACCAAUGCGCAUAUCAGUUAGCACAAAUGGUGAAAACGCAAGUACAUCAAGCCACUCAGAGACAAUGGCUUCUUCACCCAAUAAGUGUACUCAACUCGAAGAAGAAAAUGUGACAAUGACGACACUGAUCAGUGAAUUCCAACCGAAAAGCCGCAAUAAUCCUUUCGAUACAAACCGGCCGCAGAAGUGCGAAUCAGAGGCAAUAUCACCGGAAAUCGAGCAACAACGUGCUUCAAGUAUCCUCAAGGACUCUAAUUACAAGAAAGCUGCUUUAGCUCAAUUGGUCGUAGCUUCUAUGGAGUUACUGCGGUCAUUACCCGGCGAAGCUGAGGAGAAUCUUAAACUUUUGAUGACGCCCACAAUACGAGAAGCCUUUAGGCUGGUUCAGUUGCAGGGCAAUGAAUUGAAGGUUAAUCAAUUUUAGGCUAUGCUCGUUGAGUUUUAUUUUGAUUUGUAAGCAGAACGGAGAUCGCCAUCUAAAUUCGUUUAUGCCAGCCAUAGGACUGGCUAUGGAAUUGAUAUACUGGUAGAAACAUCGGAGUCAUUUAAGGCGACUAAAUGACAUAGAUGCUGUCCAUAUACACAUUUACAUUCAUACAUAUAUCACUUAUGUGUAUACAAUACUCGUAUAUGCAUAUUUGUAUAUCGCCCUUUCUGUUUGGCAGCUCAUAAUAUUAUCUCGGAAGAUAAUAAUUAAUAAUUUGUGAUAAUUAUAAUAUCGAAAUGUAAUAGCUCACUGAUGUAUAAUCUUUUACUCCUGGUUUUACUCUGCUUUUUUAAAUUUCUUCUGGUUGGCUAAACCGGUCACUAACCAUGGAUAUCUGUCGAAGCCAAAUUAUUACAAACAUCAUUAUCAUAUCGAAAUUUCACAUAUUUGAAACCCACGAUCGAAUGCCAAACAGCAAUGGGUGACAGUAUUUACUAUAUACAAUACAUAUAUACAUUACAUACAAUAUACUACAAAUAAAUGCUUUAUUUUUAUAAUGGAAUAUUUGCUUUUAUGCGCUACAAAACUAAGUACAUGCGUACAAAUUAUACUACAUACUCGUAUUCUAAUCAUUGUCCAUAUACAUACUCGUACAUCCAUACAUACAUAGCACUUUUCAUGUAUUUUGCCAAAUUACUAUGGAUAUGAGUUAAAGUUCUCUCAUUUAAAAUCCACCAAGUCUCAUUCCUUUAUUUAUAUAAAUGAAAUUCAGUACCAGACGCUUAAAGACAAAUCUAAAUGGUUAUACCAAACUAACUGAAGAAAACCACUUUCAUUGUGAUGGCGGCAAACGGCAACACAUUUCAAAGUAAGAACUCAACCACAAAUACAGCACACACUUACACCUAACCAUUGGAUUUGAGAGAAUCCAGAGUGUAACUCUAAAAGUGGAAAAAAAUGCACUCAUUUGCAACAGGGAAAACCUGAGGGGGUCAAAAAAAUCUCAGCACUCGAAAGAAAUAAAAAGUGUAGAUUUUGAAAAUGUCAACCCCUCUAGUUCUUAACUUUUCCUCGAGAUACAGACAUUGUCCGAUUCAUUAAUUCAAAUUAAUGUGGUUAUUUUAAACAAAAGUUAAAUAUACAAAUAUAAAUAUGUACAUUAGGAUCAACUUAUCAUUUGUCAGUAAUCGUAGAUUGUAAUUGUACUAUAUUGAAAUAGACCCAAUCAGAAUAUUGUUAUUUUACAUAUAGAAUAAUGAAUCGAGAAUACAAUUGUGUCACGGGAUUCUAGAAAAUAGAGAGGCAUUUAAAUAAUACAUACCCAUAAAUAAGCACAAAAAGGUUGGACGCAAAUUAUAAUUUUUUAAUCUUUUUUUAUGCAUAUGAAAUUAUUAAAUAAUUGUAAACACCAAUAAAUAAGUAGAUGUUUGGGGUCUAACUUCAUAACAGAAUUUCCCUCCAACUCUGUAACACAGAAGAUUUAAAAAUUAAAUCAAAUGAAUAUAAAAUUGUUUUGGUGAGAUCCAUAUGUUUAAGUCUAUACUAAAAUAUGUACGGAUGAACAUUUAUCAUAUGUAUGUAUAUGUAUAUAUGAUAACUAUCAACCCGCUUAGUGCUAAGUAUAAAAGCUAAAAUAUAAAUUUACGUAAACAUAUUUGCAAAUUUUUGGAAUGUACAUACAUACAUGUACGAAGAAUUAUAUACAUACAUAUACUAUAUAAUUAUAUAUUGGAAAUCUACUAAAUUUAUAAUAUACAAGUAUGUACUAUUCAAUAAAUAAAACUGCUUAUGUAAAAAGUCAAACGUGAAAAAUGAAAAAAAAAAUUAAAUCAUAUACAUCUUUACAUAUAUUAAUACAUACAUUCAUAUAGGUAUAUGUACAUAAUAACAUACACGAAUAUAUUAACAUAUGAUUUAUAAUACAAAAAAUUAAAUGUGAAGACUUUUUGUUUUGAUACCAUGUAUGAUACAAACUACUUUAUUAGAGUACAUCUUUCCAGCCAUCAGAAUAUCGUUGGUCCAAGCGGUGUUACGUGGUUAUUAUUCAUCUAAAUUGUUUAUAAUAGUUUUAAGCCAAAAAUAUAUUACUUUUCUAUACACACACACAAUUAAAAUUUUUUUAGUUAAGCUAUUAACAAUAUAUAUAGUUUUUCUAGUAUUUUUGAAUUAUUGCACACUGUAUUGCUUUUCACGUGUCGUACUAUCGUCCUUACGUGACAGUAAGUGGCUUCGUCGUCCAGGUCGGCGAUGUGUAGAAUGGGAGAUAUCUUUUUUCACUUUGCUUACUACCGACUUUUCCAAUAUGCUGUUAUUACUAGAUAAAAUUUUGCAAUGAAACAAAAUCCAUUAUACUGUAGCCGAAUAUGUAAGACCAUCGAACAGCUUAUUAAUAUUUCCAUACAUAUACUAUACCGUAGUCUGAUGAUUCAAUAUACAAACAAUUCGUUCACAAUCUCUCAUAAGUUUCAGUUUAAUGCGUCUUUUGAUGGAUAUUUAGCUUAGUUUUUUGUCGUCAUUUAUUAUUAUUUUUUUAUUUUUAGAAGAAAAAAGUAUUUUCCAAACCAUUCAAAUGUUUAUUUGGUUUUUUUCCAAAAAUGUAUAUGAAUGCACAAGUUUGAAAUAAAGAAAAGGAUAAUUUUAGUAGACACACGUACACAAAUGUGUAUGUACAUACAUAUAUCUACAAGUUAGCUCAUAGGGCGAAUACUUAAUAGACUUUAUUUAUUUCUUAAAUAUUCGGGUAUUUUAGAUGUCGUCACCAUUCAAGUCAAUCCCAAAAUUGAUUUGAAAAUUAUGUUACAAUUUAAUUUUCAUUUGUAUGAGAGGCUAAACAUAUAUAUAUUUUUAUUUUAGAAAAACGCCAAUAGUAAAAUAAUUCGUAAUAACAUCGAUUAACUGAGUUACCCGAAACUUUUUCGAUUUUUUACAAUAGGAUAUUUUACAUUUUUAAGAAAUUAAUAAAUUUCAUUUCAUAGCGUAGAGUAAAUGCGAAAGAUUUAUACAUUUGGACAAUAUAUAUAUAUUUCAACAUAAAUAUUCAUUUAACAAUAAAUACAUUUGAUUUAUUAUACACUUAUACUUGUAUAUACUUCUUGUAAACGAAUUCGACCAUGCAUGUAUGUAUUGAAAGGGUGUGUUGCUGUGUUUAACUUUCGUACUUUUUUAUUCUUUAACGCAAUGUACUAUCUACACUUAUACAAUGUAGUUUCCGCUUUAAAGACUAAGCAUAAAAUGUUAUUUAUAAGAUCUUUAUUGCAAUCUACCAAAUUUAAAUGCAACACAUACUACGUAAAUAAGCAAGAAAUAAAAAUGCUUUCAUAUUUGGAACCAUCCAAUUUGAUGUAAAAA